CCUUCGUUGGUGACCAGCUUGAGUUAAUGUAUAGUCAUGUCUUCUGGUGAGUAAUCUCUAGCUUAUCUUCUGUUAUUUUGUUUCAUUAACUGUUUGGGAUCUCGGUUCUGCUAAUCGAGUUCAUCUCCUCAUCUCUGAAUUUUCAAAAUUUUUUUUUCUCUACAAGAUCGUUCACUGAAGACGAGAACUCUAACUGGAUCGUGGUUCGUAAUCUCUGUUAACAUGCUAGAUUCAUAGUCAUUAAUGUCGAUUUUCUGCGGUCUUCCAAUCCUUGAAUGUGUAUACUGCCUCGCUUGUGCCCGUUGGGCGUGGAAGCGAUGCCUUCACACUGGCAGCCGUGACAGCGAGAACUGGGGUAUUGCGACCGCAGAAGAAUUCGAGCCCGUUCCUCGCCUCUGCCGUUCAAUUCUUGCUGUCUAUGAAGACGACCUUCGAAACCCGCUUUGGGCUCCUCCCGGCGGAUAUGGAAUCAAUCCUGAUUUUGUAAUUCUGCGUAAGACUUAUGAAAACACCCAUGGCCGCGUCCCCCCAUACUUAAUCUACCUCAAUCACGACCAUGGCGAUAUUGUUCUCGCCAUUAGAGGCCUUAAUUUGGCAAAGGAGAGUGAUUAUGCUGUUCUAUUGGAUAACAAACUCGGGCAGAGGAAAUUUGAUGGUGGGUAUGUCCAUAAUGGGCUAUUGAAGGCAGCUGCACGCGUUCUGGAUGCAGAGUGCGAUGUUCUUAGAGAGUUAGUGGAGAAGUACCCGAAUUAUACCUUAACCUUCACUGGACACUCUCUGGGGUCAGGGGUGGCUGCAUUGUUAACAAUGGUGGUGGUGCAGAAUAGGGACAAACUGGGUAACAUAGGCCGGAAGAGGAUCAGGUGCUAUGCAAUUGCCCCUGCGAGGUGCAUGUCACUGAAUUUGGCUGUCAGAUAUGCAGAUGUCAUAAACUCUAUUGUACUCCAGGAUGAUUUCUUACCAAGAACUGCCACACCCUUGCAAGAUAUUUUCAAGUCUCUUUUUUGUUUACCAUGCUUGCUGUGUCUAAGGUGUAUGAGAGAUACAUGCAUCCCAGAGGAGAAGAUGCUGAAGGAUCCAAGGCGACUCUAUGCUCCUGGUCGCCUUUAUCACAUUGUUGAGAGGAAGCCCUUCAGGAUGGGAAGAUUUCCCCCAGUUGUGAGGACAGCAGUCCCUGUGGAUGGGAGAUUUGAACAUAUUGUUCUCUCUUGCAAUGUCACUUCUGACCAUGCCAUCAUUUGGAUAGAAAGAGAAGCUCAGAGGGCACUGGAUAAAAUGCUAGAGAAGGAUCGGAUAAUGGAAAUCCCUGCAAAGCAGAGGAUGGAGAGGCAGAAGACUCUAGCCAGAGAGCACAGCGACGAGCACAAGGCAGCACUAAAGCGAGCAGUGACAUUGGCAGUCCCACAUGCGUACUCACCUUCCUCUUACGGAACAUUUGACGAACAGGACACUAGUCCCAGAAGCAGUAGUGGGGAAGCUUCUUUGGGAACACCUAGGAAAGACAAGAGGAGGAGGGAAAGCUGGGAUGAAUUGAUUGAGCGUCUCUUUGACAAAGAUGAUUCAGGCCACAUGAUUCUGAAAAAGUCAUAGUUG